UCAGUAGAUUCACCCUGCAACUGUACUGCAACGGCUGAAUGGUUCACCUAUUUUACCCGUUUAACUCGCUUGGCGGAUCCUGGACUUAAUUUAAAACAAGCUUAAAACUUAAUCCUGAUUCGGAACUGACGUGUUCAGUGAUUCUCAGCAGAUUCCCGGUGGCCGUACGCUGAACGCAUCGUUCGCGGUUUCCGCUGCAGGCCUCUGAUCAAUAGGUCCGCUCCAUCGUCCAUUGCCCAGCUCGUCCGAUGUCCCGACCGCAGCUCUUCGUUCCCCAGGCGGGGCCGUCAGGGUCGUCAAACCCCCUGCCCUCGGGAUGGCAAUCCGUUCCGCAAGGCCCUCCUGGACCGUUUGAUCAAUUCAGUGGACCGCCAGGAUACCGUCCACCAGCAGGCGGAGCAGGGAUGCAGCAGCAGCAGCCACCACAGCCGGGGUUCGGCUUCGGUCCGCCACAGGGGCCUCCUGGGGGAGUCGGCGGAGGUGGCGGAUUCGGAUUCGGGGGACCUGCGCCUGGCGGGGGCCCGAUGGGUCCGCCGGGGAUGAUGGGAGGUCCGGGGGCGGGGGGGGCGGAUGGGGGGCACAACCCACUGAACGACAUGCUCGCAGGGGCUGGGUCAGGGUUCAUUCGGUCUGGCCUGGGUGCUUAUGGCGAGCGGCUACUAGGGAGCAGUCGCGCCUACGUUCAAAACAACGUGGGCAAGUACUUCGCAUCCACGGACUUCCACUACUACUUCCAUGUCAACGACGCCUACGUGCGCAACAAGCUCAAAAUUAUCGUCUUCCCAUUCCUGCACAAGGGCCAUUGGACGAGGGUGGCGGAGCAGGUGGCAGGCGGGCUGACGUACAAGCCGCCCUGCAGCGACAUCAACGCCCCGGACCUCUACAUCCCUGCCAUGGCCUUCGCCUCCUAUGUGGUGCUCGCUGGGCUCUCGGCUGGCCUGCUGGGCAGGUUUGCUCCAGCGUUCGUGAACGCCCGUGUUGGCAAGGGACUGAUUGGGUGGUUUCUGGAGGUGCUGCUGCUCCGGACGAUACUCUACUCGUUAGCAUCUGGCGACGCUCCUUUGCUUGACCUCGUGGCGUAUGCCGGCUACAUGUUUGUUGGAAUCUCCCUUACAAGCCUUUCGUGGGUCAUUUGGCGGAUGGCUUACUUCCCUGUCUUGAUCUGGACAAGCCUGUGCAUGGCAAUGUUUCUGGUGAAGACGAUGAAGCGGGUGAUGUUUGCAGAGACUCGGCACUAUGACCGUGACUCCUCGCGCCACCGGUACAUGCUCCUGGCCAUGGGUGCUGCACAAUUUCCACUUGCGUUAUGGCUAGGAAAGCUGUAGAGUAGACAUCCCUUCUGAAGUUUUAGCAGAAUUGAGAGAGGAUGGCUGUGUUGUUUGGUUAGUAUAUAAACCUUAGGGCGUGUGUAAGGUUGGGCGGCAGCUCCGUUCGUUUGCUCCGUUCCUCCGUUCCUCCGUCCGAUAUGCCCGUGGGCAGUUUAGCUGUUCCGGUAAAAUUU